AUGCUCAGAUUACAUACUUUGGGUCCGCGUGUGUCCCGCUUCACACCGAUUCUACGUUCUUAUGCUCGACCGCUAGCUACAGUGCGUCGCACCCACCCUCCGCAACAGUCUUAUCUAGACGGAGUCACCACCCAGGAACUAUUGGGUUAUGGCGUGAUUGGACUCGCAACCUUGUCCAAGACCACUUUGAAGAUGGUGAUUGCCAUUUUCCCGUACACGCCGUUGUGGCUGAUCAAGUUGUUUGUUUAUCGCAACUAUUGCGGCGGAGAUAACAUCCCCCAGGUUUUGCAAACUGGAGACCGUUUGAGUCAGCGCGGAAUCCUCAACAUGAUGCUGUCGCUGACGAUUGAGGCCUGCGACGGUGCCCAGGUGUCUGUUCCCGUCAGUCAGAUUGUCCAGAUGACCCAGGACUCGGUCACCGGGGUCUUAGUGCCGCACACUCAAAAAAUGCUGUCAAAAACAGACGUCAACACUCUUCCUCCGGGCUACGUUGCCUUGAAACCUACUGGACUCAUAGACAACGCCGCAGAGGUGCUCAAGAACUACAACAACGAGAAGUACGAGCCGCAGUACCAGCAACUGCUGUCGAACUGCCGUGACAUCUGUCGCACGGUGCUGGAGUCCAACGAGGCUCUGGCAAAGCAGUAUCCUUCGCGGGUGGCUCCGUUUGUGGUUGCUGUAAUCGACGCCGAGCGGAACGACCUACAACAGGGAGUUUACCGUUUACAACGCGAUCUGUUCAGAGAAUUCAACAUUGGCAAAGUUUCUGUUGUUGGAACGGUGCAGAUGUAUUUACAGGACUCGAGCAAGGUUUUGGCGGAAGAAGAUAAAUUAGCUAAAGAAGGCGGAUACUUGUUGGGAUGGAAGCUUGUUCGUGGAGCUUACAUCCACUCGGAGCCUGACAGAAACGUCAUUUUCGCAACCAAAGAGGAAACAGACCUCAAUUAUAACCAAGGCAUAGCAUCUGCUCUGGCCAACAUGGGGUCUUCGGCCCCAACAGUGGGCCAUUUGGUGGUUGCGUCUCACAACAGAGAGUCUCAAAUCAAGGCCACCGAGCUGCUGAAAAACUGCAACCUACGUGUGCGGUCAAACGUUGUCCUGGGACAGCUGUUGGGAAUGGCCGACAACGUGACUUUUGAGCUGAUGAACAACUAUCAGGCCAAGAACGUGAUCAAGUACGUUCCAUGGGGUCCUCCAAAGGAAACCAAGGAGUAUCUUCUCAGAAGACUCGAGGAGAACGGCGACGCAGUUCGCAGCGACAACGGCUGGCCGUUUUUCAAGCAGGUUUUGGCUGCUCUUUGGCGCAGAGCAAGACAAUAA